GUUACAGCCAUCUUCUUCUUCUUAUAUAUAUAAAUUAUAUAUUCUGAAGAAGGUGAGAUCACCCUGUGGCUGGUUUACAGAGACUUCACCCAAAGAGAGACACGAGAUCUUUUCCCUUUCUCGAUCGUAUCCAUGGCUUCAGAGCAAGUUGCUGCAGAUACGUCUUCAGUAAUCAUACCACUUCUGGCUGAUGACAAGGCUCUUCUGAAACGGCAUGUGGCGGCGACGGCUGCGGCGGCGAAAGGUGGCGAUGAUCUCCACAGCCUUCAAGUGGGAAAUACGUCCUCUUUCAAGACUUGUUUUCAUGGGAUCAAUGCUAUUUCAGGAAUUGGAAUCGUAUCAAUCCCUUAUGCACUAGCAUCAGGAGGAUGGUUAAGCAUAUCAUUAUUAUUUCUCAUAGCCAUUUCCUGCUAUUACACUGGCUUACUGGUUCAAAGAUGCAUGGACAUGGACCCUCACAUAAAGACCUUCCCUGACAUUGGAGAACAUGCUUUUGGAAGUAAAGGAAGGCUAAUGGUCUCAAUCGCCAUGAACUCUGAGCUCUACCUUGUGGUCACAGGCUACUUAAUCUUAGAAGGAGACAAUCUCAAUAAGUUGAUUCCAAAUAUUAAUCUUCAUAUUGCAGGCUUCACAAUUGGUGGAACCACUCUUUUUGCUGUACUUGCAGCUCUUGUUAUUUUGCCUACUGUUUGGUUACAGGAUUUGAGUCUUCUCUCUUAUGUUUCUGCGAGUGGUGCUUUGGCUUCCACUGUGUUUCUUGUCUCUCUCCUUUGGAAUGCUACCAUUGAUGGAACUGGAUUCCAUGGAAAGGGAACUACCGCUAUCAAAUGGAGUGGGAUUCCUGCUGCUGUUAGCUUGUACGCCUUUUGUUAUAGUGCUCAUCCCGUCUUGCCAACCCUCUAUAAUUCCAUGAGAAACAAAAGCCAGUUUUCCAACGUAUUGCUGGUAUGCUUUUCAGUAUGCACUCUUGGAUAUGCAGCAGCAGCUAUAUUGGGCUACUUAAUGUUUGGGCAACAAGUUGAAUCCCAAGUCACUCUAAACCUUCCCACAGGAAAAUUCAGCUCACAAGUUGCAAUCUACACAACCUUAGUGAAUCCCAUAGCCAAAUACGCCUUAAUGCUCACACCAAUUGUGAAUGCUGUGAAGAAAUUAGUUUCAUGCCAAUACAAUAACAAAAGGCUCACACACCUCAUUGUGAGUACUUCACUUCUUAUCAGUACUGUGAUUGUUGCUGUGGCCAUUCCUCUCUUUGGAUACCUCAUGUCUCUUGUUGGAGCUUUGUUAAGUGUUUCUGCUUCCAUUUUGGUUCCUUCUGUGUGUUACUUGAAGAUUUCUGGAGCUUAUAAGACAUUUGGGUCUCAAAUGAUCAUCAACUAUGGGAUUGUGAUUAUGGGUUUGGCUAUUGCUGCUGUAGGAACUUACACUUCUCUCGUAGAUAUUGUUGGUCAUUUGUAAAAUCUGUAUUAUAAAGCUGUGUCGUACGAGAAUAAUUACCUCUAUCUUUGUUUAAUUAUUUUGAUAGUUGUUCAAGAACAUGAUUUGGUAUGUGGUUGUACUUUUUGUUAUGAUUUUGGUAAUUUUUAAAUAUGUUAGUGUCAUUCAUGAUGCUUUGUACUCUGUUUUGACGACAAGAAUAUUCGAAGGUGCAAGGUUUAGUCUA